AUGAGUUCAAAAGGUAAGAUUACCAUACAACAAAAUAAAAGAAAUAGAGAUUCUGCUAAAGCAAAAUCCGCUUCAGAAACUACUCAAAAAGUUUCAGAAUCAGAUAGCAAUUCAAGUGAAUCUAAUAAUUCUGGCAUAGAGUCUGAAAAUGAUGAUAACCUUGCUGAUCUAUCAUCGGAUGAAGCCAACAUUUCGAAGGAAUCAGAUGAAGAAGAGCAACAAGAAAGUGAAGGUGAUGAUUUUCCAAGAAAGAAGAAACCAAAGAUGAAUAAGCAUAGUGACGGUUCAAUAGAUUUUUCUUCUGCAGUUGGUGCAAUUUUAGGUUCCCACUUAAAAGCAUAUGACCGAAAAGAUCCUAUUAUGGCUAGAAAUAAAAAGGUUUUGCAACAAAAUGAAGCUGAUAAACUAGAAUGGAAAGCAAGAAAAGCUAUUGUGGCAGAAAAAAAGAAGAUGCUAAGUAAAUCUAGAAAGAAAGAUAUUAUUCCUAUUGCAAGUGAUGAAAACCAAACUGGUGAAGAAGUUAGAAAACUCUUGGAAAAAGAAGCUAAAUUGAGAAAAGUUGCCCAAAAGGGUGCUGUAAAACUUUUUAAUGCUAUCUUAUCUACUCAAGUGAAGACUGAUAAAGAAGUCAGCACAUCUCUUGGAGAUAUUAGAAAUGCCAAAGAAAGAAAACAGUUAAUAACAGAAAUAUCUAAAGAGAAAUUUUUGGAUUUAGUUAAAGCUGCUGGUGAGGAAGAUUAA